AUGAAGAUCUUCGUCAGCACCCUCGCCGGCGAGAAGAUAACCGUCAAGGUCGACCCCUCGGACACCAUCAACGUUGUGAAGGCCAAGAUUCAGGACCAGGAGCGCCUUCUCUUUGGCAAGAUGGAGCUAGACGACAGACGCACGCUAGCUGAUUACGGCAUUGCAGACGAAUCCACACUUCACCUUGGUCUGGGGACUAACAGGGAGAUGCAAAUCUUUGUCAAAGGUUUGAAUGGCAAGACCAUCAGCAUUUGGGCUAAGGAAUUGGAUACCAUUGGGAGUGUCAAGGCCAAGAUCCAUGCCCUCAAUGGCAUCCCACCGGAUGACCAGUGCCUCAUGUAUGGCUGGUGUGUCAUGAUCGACGAUAGAACCUUGAAGGACCGUGGCAUCACAAAUGAGGCGACACUUCACCUGUCGCUCCGCCUCGGGUCCUGCAAAAAAUGCCCGGGGCAUACCUAG